AUGACUGAUAAUGUGCUCAGCUUUACUAAAGACGUCUUCGAUGGCGUGACAGUGAAGUCGACCGUCAGUUUUGAGAAGGAUUUUGAAAAUACUGUGCCGAACACGGAAUUGGCGACAAAAUGGCUGGAGACUUCAAUUGAAUUUUGGAAAAAUCAACAUUAUAAUGGAGUUUGGUUCGAAGUUGAUCUAAAGGUAAUUUUUUGCGAAUAAUAGUAGAGAAAUAAUUAAUAAUGUGCUAACAAAAAUGUAUAUUUAGUUAUUAUAACACGUCUGGAAUGAUCAGGUCCCCCCCACAAACAGGUCCCCCCAUCGAUCAGGUCCCCUGCUCAAUCAGGUCCCCGCAUCGAACAGGUCCCCCCUUUAAAAAAAUAAGUAAAUUAGAUAAAAUGGCGUUGCUUUAUAAUGUUUUGGUACUGUAUGGUACUAAUGGUACUAAUUUUCAAAAUUUUGUGCUUUUUGCUAUUGUAUGGUACUAAAUAGUACCCAUUGGUUAUACUAGUAAAAUUUUAAUAUAAUUUCAUAAUUUUUGAUACUCUAUGGUACUAAUGGUACUAACUUUCAAAAUUUUAUUAUAACAUUGCGGAGUAAAAAACGUUUUUAUUUUUGGUUUAGCACAUUUACUGGGUACCUAUACUUGCUCAACAUGGUUUUACGUUUCACAGAGCUAGAGAUGAGUUGUGUGUUAUGAUCAGAUGGUUACCUGAGGACAAGCCCAACACGUUGCCUUUGUAAGUCAUUAUAAUUACAAUGUUAUAAAACUUUAUAGGUCUAAGUUAGGUAUUUUAGUAUAUAAGCUAGUACUUUUUAAAAUUUAGAUACCCUUUUACGUCAGUUGGAGUAGGAGGUGUUGUGGUGAACAAGAAAGGCGAAGUUUUGUUGAUGAGAGAGAAGCGAGGAUCAUAUUUGGGCUGGAAGUUCCCCGGAGGUUUGGCCGAUCCAGGAGAACGGAUUUCAGAAGCCGUCAAACGUGAAGUCUUGGAGGAAACUGGGAUCAAGGCCGAGUUUAAGAAUGUCAUCACUUUUAGGUGGGUUUAGUCAUUUACCUUACUUUAUCAAAAGCUUACCUACUAAAUAUUUUAGAGGUACUUAUACUAAUUUUUUAUUGUAUUUUAUAUUUUUUAGUAAGAUUUUUUUAAAUUUAUGAAACGUUUCAGGCACAUAACUCAAUCUUUAUACGAGAAAAGUUGUGAUCUCUACUUCUUGUGUUACAUGACACCCGUUAAUGAAGAUGACAUUACUAUUGUUAAGUGUGAAAGAGAGACGGCUGACGCUAAAUGGGUAUCAAGGUAGGUGAAUAUAGACAUAAGCAACGGGCCGGCCCAGCUCACGCCCGGGUUCCCGUCGGACUGGGAUGUUUUUGAGCAAACUAAAAAACGGGCUGGGCCUAAAAAUUACAUUUUUUAAAUAUUUAGUUCUUAGUUUUAUGUUUCCGACUUAUAGGUAUACAUUUAGGUUUAAAAGUCAUUUUAUAUUUUUGUAGAGAAGACAUUCUAAAGCUAAGCGAAUCUGGUGAAAUCCAUCACUUCCACAUGAUCAUCCUUGAUCGGUUGGACAAGUUGUUACAAUCAGGUAGAAAUGGUUGUUAUCAAGAACAAUUCUCAUUCAAAGCCGGGUCAAGCACACGACAAUGGGAUAUGUACUUUGUUGACUAG